GCUAAAAUGCAUUGUUUGAUAGAUGCUCAUAUUAUUGUGCCAACCCUCUGUGAGUGCAGCUAAAUGACCUUUAUCUAAAAUCUGAUGUUUUGUUUUACAGGUUUAUUUAAUUCUUCAGUGACAGAGAGCGAGAAACAACACGACAUCCAGAAUAAAAUUCAUUCUCUCACGGAAAAAAAGGAUAGAACUGUACGUUCCUCACAGAUGAGUGGAUACGAUGUGAAUGGAAACCUUCGUUAUCUCACUCCCUGAUGUCUCAGUUACAACAGCAAAGAAGUCAGCGCAGUCUUUACUUUAACUGGCAUCACACAUUUUGAAGUGAAGCCAAGCUCCUUAGACUUUGUGGCUGAACUGGUGGAGAUCAUGAGGAACUCUCAGUCUCUACACCUGUUCCUUGUUCCUAUUGUGUUUUCUGUAAUUUCACUCCUCCCCUGCCCUGGAUCUGCCAGCUCAGGGUCUGACUUUGACUAUGGAGCCCACCCACGCUUUGUUUGCACCCCUAUUCCCAUGGACACAGACCCUUCCUGCUUCCCUAAAGAGGGUCCUGGUGUAGGAGCAGCAGGGACUGGCGGACCGGGCCAUCAAAGCGCACCUCCUGCUGGCUGGUGGGGGGCCAGCGAGGAGGCCAAAGCCACCAUCCUCCACCUCAGGGAGAGCCUCGUGCAGCAGAAAGAGACCAUCCUGGACCAGAGGGAGACCAUCAGAGAGCUGACAGCCAAGCUCACCCUGUGCGAGGGCUUCAGCCGGGCCGUGACGCCACACGACAGCACGGCUUCGCACUCCCAUCACGCAGGGGUGGCCAGUCGCCACGCGUACGCUGACAACGGGCACUAUGGCAACCAGCAUGGUCACCAUGGCAACCUCAUACCAGACUCGCCGCACCACCCCUCUGCGGGGGGGCAACGAUCAGAUGGAGGCCACAGCAGCAACAUCCAGGGGAAGGAUAAACAUGUGACACCAGGGGAUAUCACAUCAUCACCGGAGCAGAUGGAGAGGAUGCUGCAGGCGCUGAAGGAGAGGCUGGACAACUUACAGAAGAGGAACACAUCCAUCACCUACUCCAGCUCACUAAAGGAGCUGCUGCAGAGGAAGAUCAACGCCCUGGAGCAGCAGCUGCACCAUCGCACCGAGGCCCUCAACAGCCCCGAUCAUCACGACGACGACAGCAGCAGUCACAGGGACGACCACGACCGCGAUGAAGGGGACCAUCAUGACGACGAUCACCAUGUUGACGGACACCUUAAUGACCACAGGGAUGGGGACCACGAUGGUCACAAGGACAGCGGGAACAACACCGAUCAUCAUGAUGACAGCCACAACGACGAUCAUCAUGAUGCUGACAGUGACCACGACAACCACGACAAUGGCCACCAUGAUGAUGAAGAUGAUGAUGAUGAUGACCAUCACAGCAAUGAAGCAGACAGUCACAGUUACCUUCCUCACACAGGAUACAGAGCACCUGGGCCCCGAGCUGGUUUCCAUUCAAAUAAACUGGAUACGAUGCUCAACCAGCUGCACCUCGCAGCAGGUUCCAAUAGGAAGAAAUCCAAGAGUCCUGAUGCCUUUCAGAUCAGCUUCCCCAUGAGAACCAACUACAUGUACGGGCGGGUGAAGAGGACUCUGCUGCAGGAGAUCUUCGCUUUGACCCUGUGUCUUUGGAUCAAGCCCGGCGUGGGACCCGGCCUGGGGACGCCCUUCUCUUACUCUGCCCCUGGACAGGCCAACGAGCUGGUGCUCAUCGAGUGGGGAAACAACCCCAUAGAGCUGCUGAUCGAUGACAAGGCGGUGACAUUGCCCCUCUCUGUGAGUGAUGGGAAGUGGCACCAUGUGUGUGUAACCUGGUCAACACGGGACGGACAGUGGGAGGCCUACCAGGAUGGAGUGCAGCGAGGGUCCGGGAUUAAUCUCUCUCCCUGGCACCCCAUCAAACCUGGAGGGGUCUUCAUCCUGGGACAGGAGCAGGACACUCUCGGAGGCCGUUUUGACGCCACUCAGUCAUUCGUUGGUGAGAUGUCCGACCUCCACAUGUGGUCGACCGUCCUGAGUGCCAGUGACAUCUACAGCCUGGCCUCCUGCGGCAGCCACCUCAGAGGAGAUGUCAUCGCAUGGUCUGACACAGAGGUGGAGCUUCACGGAGGUGUUGCCAGAUACCCUUUUGACCCCUGUCACUGAAAAGGCGGUAACACCAAUGGAGAAAGACCUUGGGGAUAUCCUGGCGUGCACCGAGAACAUCUGUCAUCUAGUAGAAACUACAGAGACUGAAGAAGGUGCGAGAAUAAAACAACAGGAUGAUCAUUCAGUGGCACCAGCUCCUCCACACUCUGAAUCAAUGCCUUCCUUUAAACUUAAAUCUGUCUAAUCUGUGUUUACAGAUUCUGUGUUAGGGACUUAGUGGUCUUGGACCUUAGUUACUGGCCAUUAUCUAACAUGUUCAUAAGCUAGUGUUUUAUUUUAAACGGACAAUUGCUGUAUGUGACAUAUUGUCAUACUGUUAAUAAGACUAAACACUGUGGGGUUUGUGAUAAUGUUCGCAGGCCUUAAUGUGGGUUCUGUUGUGGUGAAGUGACAAACCAUAUCUUAGAUAGAAAUGUGCUGAGAAAUCAAUUCCAACUCUGGAUUCUCUUCUUUAAAAGGUUUCCGUGGAAGAUACAGCUAAUUUACCAAAGAAAUUGUAGCAUUAAUUUGUGUCACACUUUGUAUUUUCAAUAUGAUAUCUACGUAUCAUAGAUAGAUUGACGUAUUAUUUUGGAGUCAGACUGAAUUUAGUGUUUUACAGCCUCUGUUGGUUUUACAGGGACACAAUUUGCCACAAUUUAAAUUGCAACAGGACUCCUUUAAACAAGUGAAAGUCUUCAUUAUAUUUUUUUUCUCCAACUUUUAUAAAUUCUACAAUGCAUGUUUGUUCACUGAACAAAUCACUGACAUUUCUCAUUUUAUUUUCAAUAAAAUUUUAGUCGUACUUUGUGAAGUCAUUGCACUGUGGCUUUUCUGAAAUGAUCUGGCCUUGACUGUAUAUUUAUUGUACUGUAUAUAAAACACUGAAUUUGGGUCAAGUUAGAUGUUAUGUCUUGUGUUUUUUUUUCUAAUGUUAAGACAAUGUAAAUAAAAGUGUAAAAGAUGAGUUUUUUGUUUUUUAUUCUUUGUGGCAUUCAGUUUGUGAUGAUGCAGAUGAACUGACAGCAUCUCUGUUGGGCCGUUUGUUGUUUUAACUUUAAUAAAGUUUGCCCUGAAGAGCUUUUAUGACUCAGUGCUGUGAAGAGAAAACACCCAGUCACCCCUUUAAAUCAAGUGACCCAACAACCAACAGGACAGCCACAGAGACGACUUCAAGUUACUAAUCUUUACGAAAGUUAACGAUCUGUCCCGACUGUAAAGGCCCGAAUUCUGCUGCAUUUUCAAAGCUCAAUCUGUCAAAAAACAAACAAACAAAAAAAAACAAACAACCAACAUCACCUCACAGCUGAAAUAUAAAACAAAACCCAGAAGAAAUAAAAAAAAAAACACAUCCACCGGCCCAUCACCUCUGUUUACCUUUUAUUGUUACACAGUAGUUUACUGGCACCAAUGUAUCGUGGUUUUCCUUUUGCUACAUUUACAGAUGAUCUAUCCAUCUUCACCUCACAGUAAAUAAAAAUAAAUAAAUACAAAAUAAAGACGUUUUCUGAAAGAGGUGGCUCUGGGGUCAAAGUAAUCAGAAACCGAGGACCAGUUUUGGUCUGAUCAUUUCAGUGUUGUUCUUUUAAUGGAAAAAUUAUUUGUUUGGCAACUGUGCACUUCAAGAAUACCCAGAGAGCAAAGGCCUACAGUCAGUCCAUGAUGUGACGAAUACAAGCACAAACACGGAGUUAGAAAAUUAGGCCUUUGUCAGUUUGAUGAAGUGGGAGAGUAUAAAGGCAA